ACGCCGCAAAUUUGAACGAAAGAGAUUUGGCAAUCACGAACGCAUUUUAUUUGGUAAAAAAAAAUAACAAAAAUGCAGAAAAGAUAAGUGUCAUUUCAUUUUGUUAAUGAAAAUUCGUUCGAGUCAUGAAAAGUCCACUGGCCAUGUUAUCUUCAACACCAUUCCACUAUAUUUAGAGACAUUAUCGGGAUAUUAAAAUCGAAUUUCGGUAUUAUUAGGGAUUCUUAUCUCAUCGCUGCUCAUAUGCGUCACCGUGCAAACUAAAAGUAUUCGUCUUGAGAGACAUGGCUGAACUACCACCCAGAAAGAAUGCAACUCCGACAAAAUUGACAAAGCUGUUGAUCUCACCUCUGCAGGUUCUCCUGCAGAUGGGUUUUCCAAAACACAGAGCGGAAAAAGCCCUCGCUGCAACUGGAUACAGAAAUGUUCAGUUAGCAUCAGACUGGUUGCUGGCCCAUGUGAACGACCCCACCUUAGAUGACCAACAGCCUAGAGAGUAUCUUCUUUACCUGUGUCCGGCUGGCUAUCUGCAAAGUCAAUUGCAGGAAUUUUGGGCCAGAUCAGUUCGAGAGUGUGGCAGAAACGGUGCUCAUGAGUUCCUACCCCAUGUCACUCUAGUUCCCCCUUUCAAGGUACCUGACAGCAGUGUCCCCAGCAUUGUGAGCCUCCUGGAGAGGAUUACAGAGCAUGAGAGCCACCCCAUUCCUGAAUUAAGACUAGAGACCUACAUUUCACAAAACUUUAUGGGCUUCUUCCUCAAUCAAGACUCUGCUGAAGUCAUCAAAGUCAUGGCUUCUCGGUUUGCUAGGGAACUAGCGCAAAUCAACGUUGCAGCGGAAGCCCACACACAAGCCCUUCACCUGACGUUGGCAUACAAUUUUCCAUCUGGUCAAUUCAGCACACUGGAAUAUCUUGUUAGAGCUCUGAAUCCCAACAAUGGCUAUUCUCAUUGGCAACUACGACUUUACUCGAGAGAUAUCCGCCUUUCAGGGAAGAAAGUCUACAAGGUCGUCUUCCCGCACGUUCCCCGUGAAACGGACGAACUGGAAUUGCUCCUGGGCGAUUUUGUUUACGUCGAUCCUGAAGCCUGUAAUAAUUCCAUCGACGGGUGGAUCGAAGGCAUCUCCUGGCUUACUGGUUGUUCGGGUUUUCUGCCAAAGAAUUAUGUCGAGAAAACUGCCGAAUCGGACGCCUGGACCCUGCACAAGAGUGUGGAGUUGAAUCCAUCCGCUGACGACUUGGACGAAAUCGACGGAAUUUCAGCAUCAAGCGAUCAAGCCCGGAGAUUGUUGAGUCAAGUGUCGCCGGAAUUGGGUUCUAACAGCGGCAAAAGUUCACCCACCGUUCGCCAGGAAAUUAGUCCACCAAGAGGGGUGGCCGUUCGACCAACAGAGCUUUCAAAAUGUACGGAAAACUACGUCAAUUCCGAUUUAGAUAUGGCCGGAUUGUCUCCUGUGGUUGAACGGCCUCUAGCCUUCAAACAGGGUCCUCGACGGUUGUUUAUAGUCCGCCACGGAGAAAGGGUCGAUUUUACAUUUGGCACCUGGAUUCCUUACUGCUUCGAUGAAUCAGGUAAAUACGUCCGUAAGGAUCUGAACAUGCCUCUGAGCGUUCCCAAACGUCAGGGAUCGCCCGAGUCUUUCUUCAAGGAUUGCCCGUUGACUAUCCUGGGAGAAACGCAAGCUGGACUUUUAGGCCAAGCUUUACGCUCUGCUGGCGAAUCCAACAAGAUCCAGCACGUCUACUGCUCUCCUUCGCUUCGCUCGCUGCAAACGUGCCAGAACAUUCUGAAAGGCCUGGAGAUUGAGCAGUCGAUCCCGAUUAGUUUGGAGCCGGGAUUGUUCGAGUGGCUGGCCUGGUAUCAGGACUCGAUGCCGCAGUUUCUCACACCUUCGGAGAUGCUGGACGCCGGCUUCCGUCUCCGCGAGCAGCACCAGUACUUUAUCGACUUUAGCGAGCUUUGCGACCGGCGUGAGUCAGCUGAACAGUAUUACAUGCGCUCGCAUUACGUCACCCAGUGCGCCCUCCGCUGCACUGAGCACAUCGGUGGAGACGUUCUCCUGAUCGGACAUGCCUCGACGCUGGAUGCCUGUUCCAGACAGCUGGUGGGUGGAUUACCGCGAUCGGCUCAGGAGUUAUCGAGAAUCGUCCACCGGAUCCCUUACUGCAGUUUGGCCGCCGUCCAGCAGCAGCAGCAGCAACAGUGUCCAGAAGAGCCGGCCGAUGAUUCAGCCGAGGAAAUUGGUAGUAAGCCCCGUUGGAAAUUAAUCGAGCCACCUGUCCCUCCUAUGACUUAUUCCGCCAAUUUACGUUUUGAUUGGCAAACUUUGCUUCCAUGAGUCUGUGUGCCUCUCUCUCUUCCAAGGUUAUGUGCAACAUUCCGCCCCGCCCAGAGUUCAAAGUGCAUAUAACAAAAACUCCUCUUGACAUACCAAAUAUUGUUUUCAAGUGAAUACUUGAAAGCCCGCCGUUUCACGCAAGCCUUUUUUAAUAUUAAUAUUAUUUAAAAAAUAAAAUGUCCUUUUUUUUCAAAUUUUUGCGCAGUAGAAUUUUAGUGUGUGUAUGUAACUCCGCCCCCCGUCCGUCCGUCUAUAAUAAGCUUUAAUAUUUUUGGCUGUCGCCAGAAUAAUACAAAAUUUGAUCGUGUGAAAGAAAUUUGAAUCGCCAUCCA